CAAAUAUAACAAAAAAGACACAGAUGAUAAGCCCUUACUCAAGCUUCUGGAUUCUCUUCGAUCUCUCUCUCUCUCUUCCUGAGCUUCUGGAUUUUUCCCGAUCACUGACAGAAUAUUAAUAACCAAACCGCAAACUACGAAGGAGCUGCAAGAGAGCAAACAAACAUCAUAGUCCAUAUUCCAUAUGGCUGAUAGUGUACUUGGGCACCCUUUUAGGCGCUUCUUCUGGAGCCCUCCGAUCUUCCGAGAAUGGUCUGUACCGACGGCCUUAGUUGACUGGCUCGAAUCCCCCACUGCUCACAUCUUCAAGAUCAACGUCCCAGGUUUCAGCAAAGAUGACAUAAAGGUGCAGGUAGAGGAGGGGAACAUCUUGCGCAUAAAAGGAGAAAGCGGGAAAAUGGAGGAUCCACAUGAAAAAGACGCAAUUUGGCUUGUAGCCGAGAGAGGCACCGGCAAAGGGGGCUUCUCCCGGGACAUUGAAUUACCGGAAAAUGUGAAGGUGGAUCAGAUUAAGGCUCAGGUGGAGAAUGGCAUUCUCACUAUUGUUGUCCCGAAGGAUACAACCCAAAAGUCAUCCGGAGUUAGAAACAUCAAUAUCACUAGCAAACUCUGAGCUCCAAGCUUCUAGCUUAAUACGAUUUGAAUACCGGUGUAUAAUGUACUGUGCAUGUGUGAAUAAUGGUGCAUGUGUAUUGUAUAAAAUGCCCCAAUAUGUAAAUGUUUUUUCUCCUUU